AUGCCUCAAAAUGAGUACAUGGACAGAUGGCGCAAGCUGCAUGGUCGUAGACUCGACCACGAGGAACGCACCCGGAAGAAGGCGGCGAGAGAGGGCCACAAAGCCUCUGAGGAUGCCCAAAAAUUGACGGGAUUGAGGGCCAAGUUGUACCAGAAGAAGAGACAUCAUGAGAAGAUCCAGAUGAAGAAGCAAAUCAAGGCACACGAAGAACGAAACGUCAAAUCUUCCGCGCCGAACGAGCCCAGCAGCACCCCUCUUCCCCAGUACCUUCUCGACCGCUCGAACCCAACUUCUGCGAAAGCCCUGUCCUCAGCAAUCAAAAAUAAGCGCAGUGAAAAGGCGGCCCGCUUCAGUGUACCAUUGCCAAAGGUCAAGGGUAUCUCUGAAAAUGAGAUGUUCAAGGUGGUUAAGACGGGAAAGAAGACUGCGAAGAAGGGAUGGAAGAGAAUGAUUACAAAGCCUACAUUUGUUGGUCCCGAUUUCACAAGACGGCCUGUCAAGUACGAAAGAUUUAUUAGGCCCAUGGGUCUCCGCUAUAAGAAAUGCAAUGUCACACACCCAGAGCUUGGUGUCACAGUCCAGCUUCCAAUAAUCUCUGUCAAAAAGAAUCCUCAAAAUCCUAUGUACACUCAACUUGGUGUUUUGACCAAGGGAACCAUUAUCGAGGUUAAUGUUAGUGAGUUGGGUAUGGUCACCGCAGGAGGAAAGGUCGUUUGGGGUAAAUGGGCGCAGAUCACAAACAAUUGUGAAAAUGAUGGAUGUGUGAAUGCUGUCCUACUCGUUUGA